AUGGCGCCUGCAAACCGACAAAAAGCCCAGGACUCAAAGGCUGGCUCCAACGAGUCAUGGGACGAGGCUCGGCUUGAAGCCGCUCUCAAGAGGCUAGAUAAACUCCAUGUUCAGGUACUCCUUCCUUGCGGUAUCAAGUUCGAGAAGUACGAACCUAACAUAGCUAUUAAGGCGAGCCAGCUCAGAACAACCAUCCCACGAAUGACCGCUCCCUUAUCAGAGAGCCGAACCCCUUCCGAACUGUAUCGCUUGCUCAUGAAGUCUGUAGCUGAUGCUCACAAGGAGAUUCAAGACUUUAGAGAACUCAUGGGCGACGCCGAGAGCAAGAAGAUCUUUGACCGUGCCAACAAGAGCCGCAAGGAGAACCCUCUCGGAAUCUCCACAUGGGAUCCCACAGAGCACCCUAACUGCUACAACACCACCUCCAACCUCACCCGGACGGUCAAGACCCCUGGUGGCAAGCUCCGGCUCCUUCACAUCAAGAAGCGAGGCACCAACCCCAAGUGCGGCGACUGUGGCAGCAAGUUGGCGGGCGUCCCUGCUCUCCGACCCCGCGAGUACUCCCAGAUUUCCAAGCCCCAGAAGAGCGUCAACCGUUCCUACGGCGGAUCGAGAUGCGGUAACUGUGUCCAGGACAGGAUCGUCCGCGCCUUCCUCAUCGAGGAGCAGAAGAUUGUGAAGAAGGUGCUGAAGGAGCAGAGCGAGAAGAAGAAAUAA